UUCGUCCGGCAGGUGGUAUAGUAAACUGAAUUUCCAACUGCAAAAAUUCAUCAUCCACAUUCACAACCAUGAAGUUUGCGGAACAUCUGGCCGCCCACAUCACGCCGGAAUGGCGCAAACAGUACAUUCAGUACGAGGAGAUGAAGGCCCAACUGUAUGCGGCCGUCGAACAAUCGCCGUCAGCCGAACUGGUCGAUCCAGAAGUGCUGACGCGCUACUUUGCCAAAUUCGACGAACAGUUUUUCCACUACUGUGAUAGUGAACUUGCCAAAAUCAACACUUUCUAUUCUGAAAAACUUGCCGAAGCUACGCGCAAAUUUGCCAAUCUUCGGACGGAGCUGAGCGAAACGCUUGAGAUGGAAGAAAGUACGAAGAAAAAGAAGAAAGACAAUCUUCACAAGAUGAAAAAGAAUCUGCUGCGUAAGAAGAACGUGUCCGUGCGCAAGAUCCAGGAACUGAAGCUUGCAUUUAGUGAGUUCUAUCUGAGCCUUAUUUUGCUCCAGAACUAUCAAAAUCUUAACUUUACCGGCUUCCGGAAGAUCCUCAAGAAGCAUGAUAAGCUGCUGAAUGUUGAUUUCGGUGCGCGAUGGCGUGCGGAACAUGUCGAAUCGGCCCAUUUCUACGUUAACAAGGACAUCGAUCGGUUGAUCCACGAAACAGAGAACAUUGUGACGAACGAAAUCGAAGGUGGUGAUCGGCAGCGGGCCAUGAAGCGCCUGCGAGUACCACCGCUGGGGGAGCAACAGAGUCCCUGGACCACGUUUAAGGUGGGCCUGUUUUCCGGCUCGCUCAUAGUGCUUUGUGUGGCCGUCGUCCUGUCUGCAAUGUUCCGGUUGCGGCGUGAUGAUUGGAUCGUAGCUUUUCGACUAUUUCGCGGUCCGCUGCUGAUAGUGGAGUUUAUGUUUCUGUGGGGCAUCAACGUGUACGGAUGGCGCUCGUCCGGCGUUAACCACGUGCUCAUCUUUGAGCUCGAUCCACGUAACCAUCUGUCCGAGCAGCAUAUCAUGGAGCUGGCAUCCAUUUUCGGUGUCAUCUGGACGAUGAGUGUGCUGGGCUAUCUGUAUGCGGACGCACUGGCCAUACCGGCGUAUUUAAGCCCACUGAUUCUUUACCUGCUGAUGGCGGGAUUUCUGCUAAAUCCAACAAAAACCUUCCGCCACGAGGCACGCUUUUGGACGUUGCGCAUCUUAAGCCGGAUUGUGUUAGCGCCGUUCUUCUACGUGAACUUUGCCGACUUCUGGCUAGCGGAUCAGUUGAACAGCAUCGUUCCGGCAUUUCUGGAUCUGCAGUACUUCAUCUGUUUCUUCUCGACGAUCAGUAACUGGAGCCACGCGGAGGAUCCGAAUCAGUGCAUCAACAACUCGCUCUGGAUACGGCCGGUCGUCGCAAUGCUGCCGGCAUGGUUCCGCAUGGCGCAGUGCCUGCGACGGUUUCGAGAUACACGCGAUGCUCAUCCCCAUCUGGCGAAUGCGCUCAAGUAUUCGACAUCAUUUUUUGUGGUCAUUUUUUCCUCCAUCACGCAAGCGACACGGGACCAGUAUGCGAAGAGUUCGGACAAUCCGUGGUUUUACCUGUGGAUAGUGGCAUCGAUCGUGUCGUCCUGCUACGCGUAUACUUGGGACAUUAAGAUGGAUUGGGGUCUGUUCGAUUCGAAGUCGAGUGAUAACAAGUUUCUGCGCGAUGAAGUCGUCUAUGGCUCGAAUUGGUUCUAUUACUUCUCCAUCGUCGAGGAUCUCAUAUUGCGCUUUGGGUGGACACUUUCUAUGAGCCUGAUCGAGAUGGGAUACAUCGAUCGAGAAAUAAUCGUAUCGAUCCUUAGUCCGCUGGAGGUGUUUCGGCGCUUUAUCUGGAACUACUUCCGGCUGGAAAACGAACAUCUCAACAAUUGCGGUAACUUCCGUGCCGUGCGUGAUAUUUCAGUUGCUCCAAUGGAUUGCUCCGACCAGACAACAAUACUACGCAUGAUGGACGAGGAAGAUGGUGUGCGGAAUCGACGCACGGUCAAGAAGUUGGCAAACAAGAAAAAGUCAGAACAGCGUCUACUACUCCGGGAAGCAGAAUCCACCGAAGACUUGGACAUCAGCGACAGUCCUAAAAGGCGGGUCCAGUGGGAAAUUUAACGAAUUGGCAAACAGGUGUGUGAAGGAUUCGUUUUCCCUGACGCACCUGAAGCAAAAGUUGUAGACAAAUGAAGCGCACGCAUUGGGCACGACCACGAAGGAAGAAUUGGCUGAGACGAAAUGUGGCAAAUGUCGCCAAAUUAAACGACUUGACCCGCAUUGCAGGAAGUGAGGCUAUUUUACAACGAUCAAAUAAAUUUGCUGUCGCGAAGUAAUAAUCUAACCCAAGGCUACGAUUUAACACAAUAGCUGCAAUGUGUCAGUUUAGUUAUUAGUGUACUGUGUAGUAAAUUGUCAGUUGGAUUCAUAAUGAAAAAGCUGUACAAUUUGAAAUAUCUAACAUGACGUAAAAUGUGUUAAAUAAGUUAAAAAAUAUUGUUCGUAUUCUGGACAUGUAAUGCAAUAUUUUUGGAGAAUA